CGUACGAUACACGUUCUGGUCUGUGCAGGUCCUUGGCUUCUACACUGUAAUUGGAAGGUUAGGAGUCAGUCAAAUGGGCCUACAUGCGGAUCUCCUCUGUACCGUCUCUUGCUAAAGCCAAAAGAUUGUGUUCUUAUUACUUUAUGGGUCAAUGCGUCCUGUGGCUGACAUUCCUCUUCUCUGGCCUCGUGGCCUACGUGGCCUACAGCGACUGUGAUCCGCUAACCUCCGGAAGGAUAGACGAACCCGACCAGAUUCUUCCCUACUUGGUGGUCCACAAGAUCUCCCACGUGCCCGGCAUGGCCGGACUCUUCGCUGCAGCCGUCUACAGUGGCAUGCUUAGCUCUGUGUCAUCGUACGCGAAUUCCUCAGCAUCUCUGAUCUGGCAGGAUUUGUUGAGUGAAAUGAACUUCUUCAAAGGAUAUUCGGAUAUGGCGGCGACCAGGAUGCUUAAAUUCCUCUCUGCUGUGAUUGGAGUGUCAGCCAUCGGCUUUGCGAUGCUUGUGAAGCAGCUGGGAAGCAUCGUAGCGGUGACAAACAGCUUCUUGAACGCCCUUGGUGGGUCUAUGAUUGGCAUUUUCAUUGCUGGCAUGUUUGCCCCAUGGGUUAAUACAAAGGGUGCAUAUGCAGGGUUUAUUACGACAUUAUCCUUCAACAUGUGGCUGCUAGUUGGACAAUUCAUAACUGGUUUUGAAAAACCAGAGAUGCUUCCAUUGUCAAUAGAAGGUUGCCCAAAAAAUCUAUACCAUUUAAAUUCGACUUCAAAUCUUUUAAUUGAUUACACAACAGAAAAUCUGUCAUAUUCAACAAAAAUGCCUGAAGACGAACCACAUGAAGAACAAAUGGAGAAAAGUAUCUAUGAUUUGAGUUUUUGCUAUACAGGGGUCAUUGCAAUAUUUGUAUACUACAUAGUGGCGUCCUUCAUCUCAGUCCUGACAGGUGGGUUCACUGUUAUUAUAUCUAAUAUAGAAUAAUUGAACAUGAGAAAUAUAACCCACGAACGUUUACUAAUUGCAUGACUCAAUAGUCAAUGUUGAAAAUUC